AAAAAAUUAAGGGCGGGUUCCGGGCGUCGCGAUGGAGGAGGGCGAGUACGAGUCGGUGCUCUGUGUCAAGCCGGAGGUCCACGUCUACCGCAUCCCGCCGCGAGCCACCAACCGUGGUUACAGGGCCGCGGAGUGGCAGCUGGACCAGCCAUCAUGGAGUGGCCGGCUGCGGAUCACUGCAAAAGGGCAGGUGGCCUACAUCAAGCUGGAGGACAGGACCUCAGGGGAGCUCUUUGCUCAGGCCCCGGUGGAUCAGUUUCCUGACACGGCUGUGGAGAGCGUGACGGAUUCCAGCAGGUACUUCGUUAUCCGCAUCGAAGACGGAAACGGGAGCCGGGCGUUUAUUGGAAUUGGCUUCGGGGACCGCGGUGACGCCUUUGACUUCAAUGUCGCGUUGCAGGACCAUUUCAAGUGGGUGAAACAGCAGUGUGAAUUUGCAAAACAAGCCCAGAACCCCGACCUGGGCCCCAAGUUGGACCUAGGCUUCAAAGAGGGCCAGACCAUCAAGCUCAACAUCGCGAACAUGAAGAAGAAGGAAGGAGCAGCUGGGACUCCCCGAGCCCGGCCCGCCAGCACAGGGGGCUUGAGCCUGCUUCCCCCGCCUCCAGGGGGGAAAACCUCCACCCUGAUCCCCCCUCCUGGGGAGCAGCUGUCUGCGGGGGGGUCCCUCGGCCAGACAGCAGUUACUCCCAGUUCAGGAGGUGCCACCAUGUCCUGGCCACAACCCAAGCCUGCCACCGCCGCCACUGCCGACAUCUGGGGAGACUUUACCAAAUCCACAGGGUCGACUCCCAGCCAGACUCAACCAGGCACAGGCUGGGUCCAGUUCUGAUCUGAGCGCACCCCUCUUCUUCCUCGUACAACUUCUGGAAAGGAGCCGCCUCACCUGGGCCAAAGGAAGGAGGACGGAGCUCUCCGCGGCCAGCCUCUGUCUGGAGCAUGACCCUCUCCUCCUCGUCUUGACGUUCUAACAGACUGGCAUGUUCGCAGUGAAUUGGCACAUGUCACACUUCCCUGGGACUCAGGUGUGCCACCAGAACUCAGGGGGAGAAAAACUCCGGCAUCCCCUUCUCUGUUCUCUUGACAUGAGAGACUCCGAGACUGCUGCUUCCAUCACAGUGACCCGUAUUAAACACAAGCCCCCAAAGCAAAAGAAGGGGUUGAGUGUGCUGCCUGGACUCAGAUCGGCCCUUCUCAGUGGUUACAAGUGUCACAUGACCAGCGUCCAGAAGGAGGGCUUUGUGCACUCCCAUUGGCUGGAGCCACUUCAUUCCAGGUGCCUUCAGAGGGGGGAUUCCUUCCUGAUUACUGGCAGGUUUAUAGGCUGCAGCUUGAACAGAUAAUCAGGAGGGGAAUCAGGA